GGAGUGGAGAGGUCUGUCAGCACAAGAUAGGUCUGUGAUCAGUCUCUUGCUCUUUCAAAGUUUCCUGUGCUGGCAGCAGCACAGGGUGGAGUGUCUCAGUUACAGAAGUGACAGUGACAUUAUAAGAUGCAUUGACCAGGACAAACCCGAUACAAUGCAGAUGGGAGGGUGAAGAGACCCUCUAAUGGGAUCCCCUGCGUACCCCACAGCACGCUUCUCGCUGUCAUAGAUGCUGCAAGUGACAGAUGAUUGCAACAGGACUUGUGAGCGAAAAAAAAGAAAAAAGAAAAGUGCAGGCUAAUCCCCCCCUUCAAUUAUUCUGCUCUCAACAGGAAUCCAGACGAGGACAGGAGACGGAUCGUGUGGCAGGCAACGAUCUGCGAGCACCCAAGGAGACUCUGUGCAUCUGCAUGCCAGCAAACAAACAGGUACCCAGCGGGGCAAUCCUGGAACCGGCACAUAGCUGGCAUCUCUGAGAUGCUCCUCAUUCCAUCUCUAUGGAUAUAGCAAAGGAAAUCUACCACGUCAGCUACAGCCGUCAGGACGAGGUCUCAUCCAGCUGUGACUUGGAUGGAAAGAAGAACAUCUUGGUCUCCAUGAGUCGUCUUCCUCAAGACUGCCUGAGCCUUCUAGAGAUUGCCCUGGUGCUAAAUACCAUGGGGUGCAUCCACAGUCUAAGCUGCAAGCCCAAGGUCUUUCGAGAGUCCAUUUCUGUCCUAGACAUCAAAGCCACCAUUGACUCCAUGCCAACAAGGAUUGAUGAGUCAUCUAGUGUCGUGCUGAGAUACAGGACACCCCACUUCCGAGCCACCGCUGAAGUCUUAGUGCCUCCAAUUACCGGGAAGGAGACCUGGAGGGUGGGAUGGAUUCAGGCCUGCAACCAUAUGAAGUUCUACAACUACUAUGGAGACUUGGGCAUGUCCAGCUGGGAACUGCCUGAUCUGGAAAAUGGUAAAAUCCCAGCAAUUAGUGACUCAGAUGGAGUCAACUACCCCUGGUAUGGCAACACUACUGAAACCUGCACUGUUACUGGCCCCACCAAAAGGGACACCAAAUUUACCGUCAGUAUGAAUGAUAAUUUCUAUCCCAGUGUGACGUGGGCUGUGCCUGUUAGCGAUUCCAACGUGCCUAUGUUGACGGGCAUCCGGAGGGACCAAAGUUUUACUACUUGGUUGGUGGCCAUCAACAUGGCCAGUGGUGAACUUGUUAUCCUACAUACCAUCAAGUGGAGGAUGAAACUGGAGAUUGAUGUCAAACCCACCUUACCACUGGGUCAGCGCGCCAAACUGCAGGAACCCUGUGGUCAGGAGCAACCACAAGUGCUCAACAAAAAUGAACCCAUCCCUCCCAGCGCCCUCGUGAAACCGAAUGCCAAUGACGCACAGGUCCUUAUGUGGAGGCCAAAAAACAAACCGGCAGUAGUUGUGAUACCCCCAAAACGUCGGUGAAUCUGAGAAAAUAGAUACAAGCUGCUAAAAAACAUGUAAUAAUACCAAAAAGAGGAAAGGUCAAAUAACUAUUUUUGCUUUAUUGAAUCCUUGGGUAUCACUGUGUUAUUUUUUACGCAAGAACACUGUUACGUGGCUGAGUUACAAGGAGGUAUAUCAGGAAUGCACAACUUAUGCAGAUACCUUCUCAGACCUUCAACCAGCUUUCAUGUAAACACACUGUUGUUACAUCAGUACUGGAUCCAUUUCAUUUCAGGUUGGAAUUAUGAUCCAAAAUGUUACAGAUCUGCUCUUGGUUUGAGCCUUCUAAGUUCUUCUUGAGAUUAUUUUUUCAUUAGGAUGUGUUAUUUAUGAAGAAUCAAUACCUCCAACAAACUUUCUUCUUAUGGUUUGAAAGUUGCCAAAAUGUCUCCAUUACCCCAUUGCCCCUAAAAGGCACUUUUUUUGUGUGCUGCCUUUGUUGAAGGAUUACAGACUAGUUUUGGUGACUGACAAGCUGACAGAAUAUACCAUAUUUUUGUGACAUGGCAAAAUGGCACCGGCUUAUUGUGUGCAGUUUGGCUCUUUUAUGAAAAACAAAGGAACAUAUACGUUGCCUGUAGGAUCCACUCCUGCACUAUCAAAACAGAACCUGAUUGGUUGCUACGGGCAAAGCCUCCACUGGUUUGCUCCUUUUUUAAUAGAAGAGUCCUAGAUAGUAAAAAGACAAACUCAGGGGUAGAAUAGCUAGUAGCCUAGCUACUGAAGGGAUAUGUCUGCAUUGCUGGCCAGUGCUAUUGUAUUCCUCUAUCAGUACAGCUGCUUUUCUUAAAAAGAGUAGCUAUGGUACAUAUUGUAAGUCUUCUUUUAACAAAAAGUGAUUUGUUAUUAGAAAAGAGCUUCAAGAGUUUCAUAUGGAUACGUCUGUUCACAAUUGAUAAAGUAACUUUGUACGGAUACCAUAAAGAUCAAUCACCUUCUGGCUACUUAUAAUAUUCAGGCACACUGGUGGAAAGAAACUUCUUAUGACGUUGUGGCUCCAUUUGACUUCAAGGACUUGCGUAGGCCAUCAAAUGAGCCAUGUGGUAUUGCAGCUUAGGCUGGAGUCACCAUAUAGAGAAUCCGGCAGGUGGCACAAAUUAGGUCACCACGGGUCAGAAGGAGGAAGCAACCAGGAAAUAAAGAGACACUUCCUUUGCCAGGAUCUUAAAAUUAUAUAAGUAACUAGCCAGCAGAUGAUUAAGUCUAUCUACAACUCAAAAGUGAAUUAUCAGCAUAGAAUGCUUAGCAAGGCGAUGAACCUGCUGGUGUUCGCCCAAAGCUGGGUUAUCCGUUUUGAACAGACUUCACAUUUAAAGUGGUUGUAAACCCUUACAUAUACCCAUGACUGGCCUCAGGUGAUAGACAGAGAUAAAACAAAUCCUCUUACAUAAGUUGUACCUAUUUAUCUACAGUUUUCUCUUCUCUACACCUGUUCUAAGUGCUAAAUGUAUAAUGCUUUUCUGGGAUUUCACAAAAAAGGGGGUGGAGAGCUGAAGUUACACUCUGCAGAGCUCAAUGAAGAGAGCUCUGAGAGCUGAUUGGAGGGAAGGGACACACAGCUCAAAGGAAUUGAGCUGAUGCUGUCAAUCUGGUGGAGGUCCCUCCCCUGUCACCAUUUUUCUCUUGGUGUCAGGAAAACUUCAGAAGUGAUUCAUGCUAAACAGCAGAGGAACGAAGCAGCAGACAGAAAUGACACAGUGUUCUUUAUUGAGACAAGUACACAUUUUAGAGGGAUAUGCUAUGUUUAUAUUUCAUGUCUGGGGUUUACAACCACUUUAAGCCUUUAAAUGCAAAUUAAAGGUUACUCACCUAAUGUGGUUUACAGAAAUAAUCUAAGGAACUGCACACCAGCACAUUUUAGGUAAUCCUUAAAGCCGUUUUCCGAGAUGGACAACAAUUCCACACUCCCUCUCCUUCCAUAUAUUACAGAGUGGUUAGAAACCAAGACUUCAGAUUUUGCCUUCAUGGCAAAUAAAACUUGAUAUUUUGCCAUGGUCAUGGGGAUGUGAUGACCCUCCACCACUUUAUAUCCCAAAGGCUGAUCUAAGUCCACUUAGCAAACAUAAUAAGAAGCAGAAUAAGGGGUUCUGUUUCUCAAAGUGAUAAAAGAGGGUAGUAGUAGUGGGGUAGUUCUUAAGAAACUGUGAUAAGUGAAGCCUGUUAUACUGUAGAAAAUAGAAGUUCUCCUUGGUUAUCUCCAUGUUGAUUGUUUUUAAAGCUGAAUUCCAGGUAGAUUGUAAAAAACACCAGCUGAUAAAGUUAUGCCAUUGUAUUUUAAAUGCAGCAAUAGACAUGUGCAAUUG